UUUCACCGCCAUCCAUCAACAAGCAACAUCCAAACACACAGACACACAAUUGCAUCGUAUGGAUCUGUUUCAUCCUCCCUACCGGCCUAGACAUUCUUGUUAGCUAUCAUCCAGAUGAAGAACAAAGGAGAAAGAAGAAUGAUUAAUCUUCAUCAUCAUCAACCUUUAAUCUUUUAGGCUGGCUAGCUAGCUUCACCAAUGGCUAUUCCUGAUCCAAGGAAGGGCAACAUCUACGUGUGGCUUGUCUCAUGCCUUUACUUUUUUUCCAUAGUUACAGGUGGUGUUUUUCUUUUGUUGUACAUUUUUCUCCCAGAAACAAUUAUUACACAUUGGUUUCCUGUUAUAGGAAUGGUUCUGGUAGGAAUUCCUUGGAUAUGUUGGGGCCUUACAUUUUUAUACAGAUGUGUUACGCCGCGUGGUGAUAGUCCUGUCCGUGGUGGUGGUGGUGGACGUGGAGGGGGAGGGGGAGGUAGAGCAGUUGGUGGUGGUGGAGGAGCAAAUAAACCUGGGAGUUCAAAUGUGGAUGUUUCUGCUGCAACAACCUCUGGGGAUGCAUCUACAAGUUCCCCAGUAGGGUCUCCUGAUGAUGGUACAAGGCAAGUUCGGUUUGGCACCGCCAUUGUGGUAGAUGAAGAAGUGGGUUAUGGAGCCUCAGGUCAGGAAAGGAAUGAUGAAGAAGAACACAGGAGAUCAACAUCUUCAAGUGCUUCAAAUGAUAAUAUUUCUAUCACUUCCCAUGAAAGUCAAAUUCCAUUAAAUUCACCAAUGCAAUUUUGAGGUAAUGAGAGAUCUCAAUUACAGGAGUUAAUGACAGUUUUUGAUGCAACGCUGCACCAGGUCAGAUCAUCACCAUCAGAAUUAGGAAGAUAAACACUUGGAGAGGAAACAGAUAACCAACCCAGAAAGCCCUUUCAAAAUUCUUGAUUUACUCAAUCUCCACAUCUGAGCAAUUCCAUCAUUAUCUUCUGAUUCACCACCAGAAUUACCCAGCUCAGGCCUGUAAGUGAAAUAUUAACAAAUACAGGCACCCUGGUCUUGUAAUAUCGUAUCUGUACUCUCGAGACUCUGUAGCAAAACCCACAUUUGGAUCCUCCAAUGUAUAUUGUAUACCUAACCCUCAAUUAUCUUUUGUAUCAUUCUUGUUAUUAAGAAUUUUUUUUUUUUUCCUGCUCUUGAUAUGAAGAAUGAUUAGACAAUAUGAGAAUUCAUUUGCAA